UUCCCUUGAGCAUUAAAGUCUAGUUUGCAAGAGACAUGACAUGGAUUACAGCAAACACAAAAAUCCAUUUUAGAAGAAAGCAAUUUCUUGGCUCCUCUGGACUAGUUUAAUAAUUUCUGGCUAGCAAAAAGAACUCAACGGUGAAACAAUGGUUUUCCUCUGGAAAGAAAUCCUGACAGAAACUUUCAUAGGUUAUGUUUCCUGGUCUCUUUACCAUGCCCUACCACCAAUGAUCUAUUAUUUUCCUUUACAAACCUUGAAACUCACUGGAUUGGAAGCUUUGGGUCUUGCUUUCCUAUCUCCUGCAUUCUUAACAAUUGGUUCAUUUUGGAGGUUGGUUAACAACAAAUACAUCCUAGCUUUAUUGAGGCUGAUUAUGAUCGGAAGCAUAGCUUCAUACCAAGCUCCAAAUGCUAAUCUUCGAGUUUUAAUCUUGGCUGUGGGCGUUUCUUCCUCCUUGGUGGUUCAGACAGUAACAUGGUGGUCUGGAAACAGUGUGCAAAGAUACUGCAGAAUCUGGGGCUUUAUACUGGGAAAAGUUGUUCUUGUUGUUCUUCGGAUUUGGUAUACAUCGUUAAAUCCAGUCUGGAAUUAUAGGACGUUCAAUAGUACCAUAAUGAUGCUUGGUUUCAUAGCCGUACUUGAGCAAACAUAUACAGGUAUACGUGAGAACAAAGGAGCACACAAGAAUGUAGAUACAGCAAAGGAAACGAUUCCUAAAUCAAGCUGGUUUUUGUCAGGGACUGCUUUUGGCAGCCUUAUGUUUCUCACUUUCUGGAUUUUUGGAGAAGUGUCGUUGGUUUCCAGAUGGGCAGUGAGUGGUCAUCCACAGCCUGGGCCGGACCCUAAUCCACAUGGAGGAGCAGUUCUCUUGGGCCUAGCUCAUGGAUUGAUGUUUUCCUUUUGGUCAUGGUCUACCCUUGCACUUUGUGGUUGGUGCCUUAUAGGUGCAGCAGGAGCAGCCGGUCUGCUGAGCUUACCAACAUGGGGUGCAGCUCUUGCUGGUGAUGUUCUUGCAAUCUUUACUAUGUGGACAUGGCCUCGCAUAACUGGAAACUUCAUUAAUUGUAUAUAUCCUGUAAAAGUCAUGACUACAGCAAUGCUUGUGUACCUGCUGGGGACAUUCUUCUGUGCGUGGUGUACAGCUUAUAAGUUUGUACCUGGUGGAACUUACGUUCGAGAAAAAUCUCAUGUUCUUUUGGGAAUCAUCAUGCUAUUUAUUGUCAUAGACAUGUUAGUGGAUGGCAAGAAGGAUCUUGAUCUUCAUCACCUGUUUGGGAUGAAAAAGAGUCAGAGGCCCCUCUUCAAACAAAGCGAAAAAUUAAUCAAAUUAUUUUUGUGGCUGUUUGUUGGUAUGGGCUUAUUAGGACUAGGACUACGAUAUAAAGCUUAUGAGAAGAAAUUGGGCCAUGGGCCUCCAAAGAGAGACUUCUCCACCUUGAUUUGGCCGUUCAGAUUUGGCUACGACAAUGAAGGAUGGUCUAACCUUGAAAGAUCAGCUGUUUUGCUGAAGCAAACAGGUGUGGACUUCAUUACGAUUAUAGAGAGUGAUGCCUCUAAACCUUUCAUUGGCAACAAUGAUCUAACCAUGUGGCUAGGAGAAGAACUUGGCUUCUACACAGACUUUGGUCCAAGUACACGGGACCAUACAUGGGGGAUGAUGGUUCUCUCAAGGUACCCUAUUGUCCAUUCCAAACACCAUCUUCUUCCAUCUCCUGAAGGAGAAAUAGCUCCAGCCCUGUCCAUGACUGUUAAUUUCACAGGGAACCUGGUGGAUUUUGUUGUUGCUCAUUUUGGAAAUGAAGAAGAAGACUUGGACAGAAAGCUCCAAGCAAUCACCAUUUCCCAUCUAUUGAAGAAUAGCUCUGAGCAGCUCGUGUUUCUAGGAUAUAUUACUUCAGCUCCUGGUUCCAGAGAUUACUUGGAGUUAGUUGAAAACGGCAACGUGAAGGAUAUUGACAGCACAGAUCGUGAAAGAUGGUGCAGUUAUAUCAUGUAUCGUGGCUUAAUAAGGUUGGGUUAUGCUCGAAUUUCUCAUGCUGGUCUCAGUGAUUCUGAAGUUCAAAUGGCAACAUUUAGGAUCCCAAAUGAUGUUGAUAAUUAUGUGGACAAUGACAAAAUCACCAUUGACCCAAGUGAAGUCCCGGCAGAAUUGCACUUCAAUUCCAGGUUUGGAUCCUACAAAGAAGGACACAAUUAUGAAUUGAAGCAUCACUUCCAUAUGAGCACACCAAAGUAUUUCAAACAAAAUAACUAAAAGGAUGACCUAGUAACAGGUUAAUAAGAAGCAAAAAAUGCCCAUCUUCUGAAUGCCAGUACUCUGACGUGCUUUGAGUAACACCCACAGUAAUUUCUUUGUGUCAAUUGAGGAGUUCCCAGUCACUUCAGCUGGUUAGAUCAAGUUUUGCACUACCACUGUUACAGUGUUCCUGUGUCCUUUGAAAAGCCAAGAGCAGUUCUGUUGGACCACCAUUCCGUUUCCUAUAGUGGCCAACCAGAUCCCUCUUGAUGCCCAUGUAAAGAGCCAAGGUCAUCCCUAAAACACAAGUAGGGCUCAAGGCAAGCUUUAGUCACUUCCCCAGCCUUGCAAGAUUUGUAAUGCCAAUUACCUGGUUGGCAGGCCACACACAGAUCCCACUGCCCUGCCAGUGGCAAGUUGGGGCAGAAGGUAUAUGGUGAUAGGCACUUCUCAAUCCAAACGACCACCAAUCAACUGUGGUGCCCUGGUGACUUCCA